GCCAAGAUUCACCGCCAUGGGCAGCCGCAACCUCGCUGCACGGGAGUCCGCGUUACUACAGCAAAAUGACCUCAUCAAUGUUGCGUCGUUUAAAGCGCACGAGGAGGCGCGGGGUGCGCUUCGAGCCAUGUCGAAAGCCGUCAUCCAAGUAAAUCGUCUGGUCAAAUCAGGUCCGACUUCCGACGAGGGGGGCCGCGUGGCCAGUCGCGCUAUGUCCAAGGCGGCGGUCCACGUGAAUGCCCUUGGCGUGUCGUCGUCCGGAAGUGACAUUGGGUCCGCCACGAACGCAUCGGCCAACAUCGCUGCCGAAGUGCUUCAGCGAUCGCCGUCCAAAGUUCAUCUGCAAGGGGGCGACGCGGCACAAGCAUCCACCCCCCCCGACAGCAAAUACCAUGGGAAGCGAAAUCAAAGCGUUAGCGUCGACAGCAAACAAUAUUCAGGGAGUCGAAGUAACUUGCUUCAAAGUCAAAACAGCACCUUGAACAGGUCGUCAAACUCGUUGGCAGUGGACCAAGCGCGGCGAGAACAAGCCGCCACGUUGCAGCACCUCGAGGAGCAAGUGGCUGCCAUCACCGAGAGCAACAAAGCAACGGAGCGGGCGACGGGGAAAUUGGUCGACCAAAUGGAUCAAAUGAAAGCCGACCACGUGGCCCUCGUGCGAAAGCUCGAACAAAUCGACAUGCAAUUGACCAAGCAAAAAACCACCCAAAAUGCCCUCGAAGCCAACUACAAGGGAACCGAAGGCGAAGUGGGUGGCAUACAAUGGACAUCAGUGUGCUGACAAGAUGAUGAUCGUGGCUAGUUGGUCAAUGCGCACACCGCGUUGGACGAAGCCCGGCGGCACGAGAAACAUGCGAUACAGAGUGCCAAAGCUGUUCAAGUACAGUACAGUAGGCACGAUGUGACACAGUUGUAACUAACAGUGAUUGAUGAGCCAUAUGCCGUAGAUUCGACUGGAUCGGGUGGUAGGGGAAGUGGAUAAAGUCAAGAACGAGCUGAAGGAGUUGAAGGAACAAAAAGGCGGCGCUGCGGUGCCCCGUGUGGACUUUGAGCGCGUGGGCAAGGAGGUGGCAACGUUGGAGAAGCAAAAGAUGGAAUUGGUGACUUUGUACAAGAAACAGGCUAAGCUUAUUGACAUCCUCAAGCGCCAGAAACUCCAUUUGGAAGCGGCCAAGAACAUUGCAUUCACCGAAGAAGAGUUUAAAAAGACAUUGGACUGGGGAAUGUAGAUACAUUAUAAGGCGGUGUGGCGUGGUGGUCGAUGCCGCCACGCCGUCGACCGCUACUCAACGGGAUCUUUUCCGGUCAAGAUCGUCUGGGAUGCUGGUUCAACCUGGCAAACGCUAGGCCACGACGACAAAAAGGGACGCGGCCUGUAUCACGUUGAAGUGGCCCUUGCCGAGUGCUACAAUUAAAAAGAAAUGAAUCAAUUCCAAUACAUUACACAA